UACUUCUAUCAGGCUUCCAAGAGGUCCUCCAAAAAAACUCUGCAGCCAUGAAGUGGUUCAUUUUAGUUUGCUUGAUAGUUGGAUCAACAUUGAUUGACUCGAGAAAUAUUAUAAAGAGAGAUGCAGAACAUAGAACACUUGUUAGUAUACACAAAGAAUUAGGAAGUGAAGUUUUUGAUGCCAUAGUGUUGAUUAUGCUUGCUCGGAACCUUCAGAAAUGUCCAUUAGAAGAGCAUGCUAAGAUAGUGGCAAAAAUUUCUGACUUUGCAAAGCAUUGUGAGCAGGAACCUGCUGAUGAAGAAUGUAACAAGCCUGUGAACACCAUAUUUUAUAAUUCGGUGUGUGCUAUUCCUGAUCUUGCAACUCAUUACAAGUGGACAGAAGAAUGCUGUGCCAAGGGAGAUCCUGACAGGUUCAAGUGUUUUCAUGAACACAGUCAUGUGGAGUUAGAACCAUACAAGAGGCCAACUUCAGAAGAACUCUGCCACGAAUUCAAGGAAGAUCCAAAACAUACUGUGCUGCAUUACAUUCAUGAGGUUGGACGCAGAUAUGAAGACAUUAAUCCACCAGCAAUCGUAGUACUUUCUCAAGGUUAUGAAGGCAUUAUGACUGCUUGUUGUCAAGCAGAAGACAAGGAUGCAUGCUUUAAAGAAAAGAUGACAGAGCACUAUAAAGUAAAGCUUGGACUUAAAUAUCAUCAUAGAGAAAUUUGCCGAAUUGUUAACAAAUAUCCUGAAAGAACCCUUCGGGCUUUGCAAUUGGCGCUGAUAAGCCAAAAGUACCCAAAAGCAACUUUUGAAACAGCAAGUAAACUUAGUGAUGAAAUUGUACAUUUGCAUCAGGAUUGUUGUCAUGGUGACUUGCUGGAAUGCAUGAUUGAAAGGUUGGAGCUUACCGAACAUACGUGUAAACAUCAUGAAGAGUUAUCAUCAAAAUUAGAAAGUUGCUGUAAAAAAACAGUCUUAGAACGAACACCAUGCAUUAUUCAUCAGGAAAAUGAUGAUGUUCCUGUAGACUUACCCCCACUUGAAAAUGAAUUUAUUGAUGAUCCUCAUGUGUGUGAACACUUUGUAAAAGAACAAGAUGCGUUCCUUGGCAGAUUCCUAAAUGAAUUCUCAAAAAGACACCAAGAACUUUCUCACAUACAGAAUGUAAGAGUUGCUAAUGGAUAUCAAGGUAUACUUGAGAAGUGCUGCAAAGAAAGUGACCCUAAUGAAUGCCGUAAGAAUGCAAAAACAAUACUGGACAAUGCAAUUAAGCAAAGCAGAGGCAUUUUAGAACAGAACUGUGGAGCCCAUGAAAAACUUGGAGACUAUCAAUUUCAACUAAUAUUAAUUGCACGAUAUGUGUCGAAAGUACCAGGUGUGACCACUCCUUCAUUGAUUGAUAUCACAAAUGGAAUGGUUGAGGUGGGCAAAAAAUGCUGUGCUCUGGAUGAAAAGCACAGAAUGCCCUGUGCAGACACUGGGUUGAGCUAUAUCAUUGGAGAAAUGUGUGAGAAACAGGAGAAGACCUUCAUCAAUGACAAUGUUGCUGCUUGCUGUAAUGGACUUUAUACUGAAAGACGGGCUUGUUUCAUUGGUCUUGGACCAGAUACAAAAUAUGUACCUCCACCAUUGGAUGAAAAAAUAUUCCAUUUUGAUGCAUCUUUGUGCACAGCUUCUCCAGAAAUCAUUCUACAUCAGAAAAAGACACUGUUUACUGACUUUAUGAAACAAAAGAUUACUCUGGAGGCUGAAAAAAUUACUGCCGUGUCUGCAGAAUUCUCUAAGACAUAUGAAAAGUGCUGUGAAGCAGAAGAUCACCAAGCAUGCUUUGACAAAGAGAAACCAUUAUUGAUUGCAAAGUGCAAGGAACUGACUGCACAUUAAAAAAAAUACCAGUGUGUAACCGAGUGAUGAAGAAUAUCCAUUCAUCUGCACAAAAGGUUUUCCUAGAGAUAAAUUCAAACAUGCAACUGGCACUUAUCUUUAAACAAAAUAAAUAAAGAUGUUAAACAAACAUG